AUGAAUCUAACGUUUCGAUGGAUACACAUGUUCAAAAAGGGUAAGCAGAAUAAAAAGUUCAAAAAGAAAAAUGCACUUUCGACUCUUAAAAUUCAAGAGUUCAAAGCAAAGGAAAUGGGCCCAAAUGACGAGAGCAAAGAAAAUAUUCCUGGAUGCGCAAGUGCGCGAAAUAGACAGUUGCGAGGGAACGUUGAACAAUGGAUUUUUGAGUGCAAUACAUCAGAUCCCGACUUCCUUGACUAUUUUUAG